GGCUCGACCAAACCAAAAGAAAAUCAACCGCGGCUUGGCUCGUGAUCAGCUCGUGAGUCGACCCGACCCUCCUCAGAUCUCGCCGGCGGCAGCGGCGGCAUGCUGCUCCCCACCUCCGCCUCCGCCUGCCGCGGCAGCGGCCGCGCGCUCCUCCUCGCCCUCGCCGCCGCCCUCCUCGCCCUCGCCACGCCGCGCCCCGCCUCCGCCUCCGAGUCAGACCACAAGUACAAAGUUGAAGAACCAGUUAAGCUCUGGGUGAACAAAGUCGGCCCUUACAAUAAUCCACAAGAAACUUACAACUAUCACAGCCUUCCAUUUUGUCAACCAUCUGAGAACCCUGCGCAUAAAUGGGGUGGUCUUGGAGAGGUCCUGGGUGGAAAUGAGCUGAUUGAUAGUCAGAUUGACAUAAAGUUCUUAAGAAAUGAGGAGAGGGGCUCCAUUUGUACACUUGAGCUUGAUUCUAAAAAGGUUCAGCAGUUCUCCGAUGCCAUUGAUAACUCAUACUGGUUCGAGUUUUUCAUGGAUGAUCUGCCUCUUUGGGGUUUUGUUGGGGAGACGGACAAAAACAAUGAAAACAAGCGUUAUCUCUACACACACAAGAGCAUUCUUGUCAAAUACAAUGAUAACAGGAUCAUUCAUGUUAAUCUCACCCAAGAGUCUCCUAAGCUUCUUGAAGCUGGUAAGAAAUUGGACAUGACAUAUUCAGUGAAGUGGUUACAAACAGAUGUGACCUUUGCACGCCGCUUUGAAGUAUACCUGGAUUAUCCUUUCUUUGAGCACCAGAUUCAUUGGUUCUCCAUUUUCAAUUCUUUCAUGAUGGUUAUUUUCCUCACUGGUUUGGUUUCAAUGAUAUUGAUGCGGACAUUGAGAAAUGACUAUGCAAAGUAUGCUCGUGAAGAUGAUGAUCUGGAGUCACUGGAGAGAGAUGUUAAUGAGGAAUCUGGAUGGAAGCUUGUUCAUGGUGAUGUAUUUCGCCCUCCUCGAAGUUUGGCCUUUCUUUCUGCAGUUGUUGGCAUCGGCACUCAGCUGGCAGCUCUUAUCCUUCUUGUUAUUGUAUUGGCCAUUGUUGGCAUGCUAUAUGUUGGGCGAGGGUCUAUCAUCACAACCUUCAUUGUGUGCUAUGCUCUUACAUCUUUUAUUUCUGGCUAUGUCAGUGGUGGCCUCUACUCAAGGAAUGGUGGUAAAAACUGGAUAAAGGCUAUGAUCCUUACAGCAUCCCUAUUUCCAUUCUUGUGCUUUGCAAUUGGCUUUGUUCUGAAUACAAUUGCUAUCUUCUACCGAUCAUUAGCGGCAAUACCAUUCGGCACAAUGGUUGUCAUGUUCGUUCUUUGGGCCUUCAUUUCUUUUCCGCUGGUGCUUCUGGGAACUGUUGUUGGUAGGAACUGGAGUGGUGCUCCUAACAAUCCCUGCCGAGUAAAGACUAUUCCACGGCCUAUUCCAGAGAAGAAGUGGUACCUUACACCUUCUGUUAUCUCAUUGAUGGGUGGGCUGCUUCCCUUUGGCAGUAUCUUCAUUGAGAUGUACUUUGUGUUCACGUCAUUCUGGAACUACAAGGUUUAUUAUGUCUACGGCUUCAUGCUGCUGGUCUUUGUCAUCCUUCUAAUAGUUACAAUCUGUGUCACUAUUGUGGGUACUUAUUUCUUGCUGAAUGCUGAGAACUAUCACUGGCAAUGGACUUCAUUUCUCUCUGCUGCAUCAACUGCGUUAUAUGUGUAUCUAUAUUCCAUCUACUACUAUCAUGUAAAGACAAAGAUGUCAGGUUUUUUCCAGACGAGUUUCUACUUCGGUUACACAUUGAUGUUCUGCCUUGGUCUAGGCAUACUUUGUGGUGCUAUUGGCUAUCUAGGGUCAACUCUUUUUGUGAGGAGAAUCUACAGAAACAUCAAAUGUGAUUAGAUGAUCGCAGUUUGGAAGACAUAGCAGAUCACAUGUUGUCACUGGAACUGUGGUAGAGAGGCCAAGAAGUGGAUUAAUGCUAGAUGCUGAUUAAGUUUUUUGAGCCACAGACCGAAGGGGGGCCAUGAUCUCCUAACUUAAUAUAAAUACAUUCAUACGCCUACUCUCUUUUUUGACUAUGUCGCCCUGAUUAUGCAUACCUGUGGUAGUUGAGGAUUUGGUUGGUUUUUUAAUCAGAAGUAGGAUGUAACAUUGUAACAUGUGAAAUAUUCAUGCGGCACUAGAUUUCUUCUCUUCGUAUGGAUUGGACCGGGGGCUUGUGGAUUCCAAUUCAAGGCUGUCAUUUUACCACGAGCACACUGUGGUUAUAUGUAUUGCAACAUUGUUAUAGCCAUUAAGCUUUAUACAUGGGUUUAUCUACAUUUAAUCUUUGGACACAUGUUUCGAGGUACAAAUUUAGUAUAUUUCUCUUUAAUU